AUGGCCAUGGAUGGCAUGCCGCGGGGGGAGCUGGACGGCUGCGAGCCCGAGGCGCUUGGCAAGCGGCCGGCCGUGCUGACUCUGCGGGACACGGUGGCCGCUGACGGCUCGCUGCCCUCCACGCCGCCGGCCGAGGAGGAGGAGGAGGACGAGCUGUACCGCCAGUCGCUGGAGGUCAUCUCGCGCUACCUGCAGGAGCAGGCAGCUGGCGCCAAGGACAGGAAGCCGCUGGGCCGGAGGGCGCUGGAGACCCUGCGGCGCGUGGGCGACGGGGUGCAGCGCAACCACGAGACGGCCUUCCAGGGCAUGCUUCGGAAAAUGGACAUUAAAAACGAAGACGAUGUCAAAUCUUUUUCUCGAGUGAUGGUCCGUGUUUUCAAAGAUGGCGUAACAAACUGGGGCAGGAUUGUGACUCUUAUUUCUUUCGGUGCCUAUAUGACCAAACAUUUGAAGAGCAUAAACCAGGAAAACUGCAUCGAACCAUUAGCAGAAAGUAUCACAGAUGUUCUUGUCCUAUCAAAACGGGACUGGCUUGUCAAACAAAGAGGCUGGGAUGGGUUUGUGGAGUUCUUCCACGUGCAGGACCUAGGAGGCCGCAUCAGAAAUGUGCUGCUGGCUUUCGCGGGUAUGGCUGGAGUGGGGGCUGGGCUGGCCUAUCUGAUCAGAUAGCCUUGGGAGUGCUAGGUGUCUCUUAACUCCAGCCACCAAACUGCGUGCUUCUGUGAAAACCAGUGUAUUUAUGAAGUUGGACUUGAAGCUUCCCUGGCUUUUAACAAUCCAGGAGUUCCACUCUAGCAACAUAGCCAGAAAUAAAGCAAGUGGCUACAGGAUUGUGGCCAACAAGAAUAAAUA